AUGGACGCGACGACCGCACCGCCUGAUGCCCGCGAGACAGAAGAGCCGCGAGAUCUGGAACCAAUGGAAGGCGAGUUCCAGCCGGGCGAGGAUAUCAUCAACGGUCUGCCCGACGACGUGCUCUCCGCAAUCCUCGAGCGCGCCUUUUCCAGCAAGGCGAUGCAUCAUGCGCUCGUGUGCCGCUGGUGGCUGCGCCUGGCGCAACACUUGCAGCAGGCCGUCCACGUCAGCGCCGAGCGCAACCUCCACGCGGGCGAGCUACUGCGCGGCUUGGCGAGUUUCCCCAACGUGACCUCGCUCACGCUAGCCUACAGGAGUGUCGAUUUUCUCAACGACGAGUUCCUGACCGCGAUGCCCUCUGCCUGCCCGCAGCUCUCCUGCCUGUGCCUGGACGAGCCGCGGUACACCGGGGUGCCGCACUUCCGCAUCACGCCCCAGUGCCUCGGCCGCUUCCUCCUCGGCGCUUCGCGCCUCGAGGAGCUCACUCUUGACCACAGCCUCGGCAACAUGACGAAGCUUCCCUCCUCGCUCGCAUCGCUCUUGUCGCUUCGCGUACUCAACCUCAGCAUGCCGCGCCUUACAGUUCUUCCCAAGGAGUUCGGAGCGCUUCCCGCGCUGGAGGAGCUCCGCCUACCCUCGCAGCUGUUGAAGGUGGUUAGCUAA